AUCGUCGACGCCAUGUAACAACACCAAUCAAUAAUAUCAAAUUCUUCGUACUAAACUGAUAUAUACUAUAAUGUAUAUUUAUUGUACGAGUGACAGAUAAUGAAUAAUGAGUGGAUUAUCCGCAACCAAUGCCUGAAAUUCGAUUUGACAAUGACAGCGCCGGCGAGCAAGGAACAAUAUCGACUCGAACAAGAAGCGUUUGUUUCCAAUCACGAAGGCACGACACCGCAAGCGGUGAUUUUCACGCUUCUGCCAACCAUAUGGAGCAUCAUAUUGGCAAUAACAACUGUGGAAGUUCUCAAGAAAUAUAUAUACAUCCACAAAAAUACGAGAGUCGUCAUAGAGUUCGUGUUAACCAUUAUUCCGACUAUCUUGUGUUGUACCAUACUAUCAGAAUACAUUGGUAGCAUAUGCGUGAUAAUAAUGUUGGUUUCUGUACUAAACAUAUUACUUGUGAUGCAAAAGAGAAUCAAUUGCUCCAAUUUAAAUAUUACUAAGGAGCCGGUUACCGAUAAAAUACCCUUCAUAACUAAUUUUCGAGCGCUGACCAACAUUAUUACUGCGAUUUGUAUAUUAGCCGUCGAUUUUCAUAUUUUUCCACGGAAAUUCGCCAAAACGGAAGUGUUCGGAUACAGUCUAAUGGAUACGGGUGUCGGGUUGUUCAUAUUGGCGAAUGCAUUGGUUGCGCCAGAGGCUCGAGACUUCUCUAAUUAUCGUCAAGCGAGCUUUUUAAAAACUCUGACAAGAAAUAUGAGUAAAUGCUUCCGAAGCUGCAUACCUCUCUUGAUAUUAGGAUUCGGACGAUUUGUAAUAGUCGAGUAUGUAGGAUAUCAGAAACACGUCACCGAAUAUGGAGUUCAUUGGAACUUUUUUAUAACUUUAGCUAUCGUCAAAUUAUUUACUAGCAUGAUUACCAGCACUGUUAGCUCGAAGUAUUCAUAUCUCUCAGGCAUAUGGAUAUUAUGCAUGCAUGAAUACACUAUGAACACUAAAGAUUUAAAAACGUGGAUUUUAGGAGACGAGCCGAGAGAUGAUUUUUUCUCUGCCAAUCGAGAAGGCUUAAUUUCUAUACCCGGUUACGUAGGAUUGUAUUUCGUUGGUGUAGCCAUUGGGAGAUUUAUAUAUUCCUCAUGUCAUUUGCACGCAACAUCGAGUAUAGACCUUAAUAUGAAACUCUCAUUUUUUGAAAUGAAAGGACAAUACAUUGGGCCUUUACCCUCGUUAUAUAUUAAAUUAUUUAUGAUCUCUGCACUAAUUUACUUGGCGAUAUUAUCUUGUGGUUUUAAGGUUUCCAGAAGAUUAGCCAAUGCCGGAUAUUGCAUGUGGAUAGUGGCUCUAACAACUGCACUACUUAGUUUCUUAGUGUUCAUACAGUUCGUGCUAGAGCUAGUGAAUAUAGCUAAUUGGGUGUCAGACGGCGAUAACGUAUGGAUUGAAUACAAGGUGAAAACGAGUAAAAAUUUACCAGUGAAUUUAAAGGAACACGUGGAUAAUGAGAAAGAAGAAAAUAAUGAGGAUGUGUAUAGGAAAUCUUUAGAGAUUUUUGAUGCUGUAAAUUAUAACGGCUUAUUCUUUUUUCUUAUCAGUAACGUUAUGACUGGUAUUGUGAAUAUGUUAAUGUACACAUUAUAUGCUAAGCAAUCAUUAGCUCUAUUAACACUGAUUAUAUACAUGGCUGUGAAUAUACUUUCAGUAUUACUACUUUAUAGGCUCAAAAUACCGAUUAAACUGUGA